CUCCUCCUCCUCCUGCACCCAGGCUUUUGUCUUCAACUGUUAGUUUUUCCGUGAGUGUCCAACACAUACUUCUCACUGCAGCCGACCUGAAGGAAAUCCCCUGUUUUUUUUUUUCUUUCCUGGAAGUUUGAGGCUGUCAUGCAAUUUCUUCUCUGCUCCACACAGAUGGUCUCCAUAGCAAACUGUGGAUUUUGAUAAUUGUUUUUGCCAGUGGAAGAGAAGCAAUGCACUGGUUCAUAAAUAUGUCGUGGGCAUGACUCACAGGGACUUGGACUGGUAGAUUUUGAGAUGUUGCAUCAUGGCUUAUGUUUGAAUUGGAUGCUUUUUAACAUGAAAAGAAAGAAAGCUUGUGCUAACAUCCUCCUCAUGACCAAAGCAUGCAUGAGAAAAGUCCGCUGUUGUGUUGGUAGAGGAUUUUUUAGCUUGAGGCUUUUGACUUUUGAAAAUCGAUUGCAAAUGUAUCAGCUUUUUAGCAGUCAUGGACAUGAAUUGCCAGGUAUUUAUCAUGUCAGUAAGCUCAAAUUCACACGUAAUGUUUUUUGAUAGGAAGUAGGUAGAAGUGAGGCGUUACCAUGGCAAACAAGGAAACAAAGAUUAACAAGAUGCAUCUAUUGAUGUAUGUGAACACAAACUUAAGCAAUAAAAAGACGCUUAUUUAUGUUUUUGUGCAAGCUUCUCCUAUUGUAUGUUCUUAUUUAACUCACUAAAGUAUUUCUGAUUUUUACUGCUUUAAGGACACUGUUUAUACUAUUUCUAACUGCAACAGCUUCCCUCACUUUCUUGCUUUGUCUUUAUUUACUAUCCCUUCCCUCCAGGAGAAAGAGGCUGGUUGUGCAUGUACACCCAAACUCUGUCCUCCCUGGCAGAUAGAGUGCACUAAAAUUAUAUUAUAACCCCUUAUAAACAAUCAUGGCCUCAUACACUCAGAUUUGGGUACUUAACUGAGCUUAAAACAAGCUCAGUCUGCUUGGAUAUCUGCCUGAUCAGCUCAGCAGCCUGUUACCUCCCCACAGUAGUAACUUGCAGGGUUCAUACCCCUUCUGUACCCCUCUGAGAGCAUUAUGAAGAAGGGCUUUAUGGGUGUGCAACAGUGUGGGUGCAGUCUGUCCCCUGUCCCUCAUUAGCCAGGCCUUUGUUACAGUAAGCCAUACCGCGCGGAUCCCAGAUGCAGCAUGUCCAGAUUAGAUCUUACACCCGCCAGGAGUCUUGAAAAGCUACCCCUGAAUCGAGCCUAAUCCUCCUGCAAGACUUUCUCUUUUUUUCUGGCUCUCUGCACCACACACAGACACAAAAACACACACAUUCACAGCCACAGAUACAUAAUGGGUAACACGCACACAUACACACACCAAUUGGAGACUUCAAAACUACUUAUUGUAGUUUUUGGAGCCUGGUCGGUGCCUUGUGUCUUUAAUCCCCAUCCAGAGAUCCUGUCAGCUGCGCACAGACCACAGGCCUUUUCUCCUUUGUUAUACAAAUAAGAGCUGCAGAUAAUCAUCUAAUAAAUCUGAGACUCCAAGAUUUGAGUGGAUUAAAAUGAAGCAGCAAUUCGUUUCCAUUGUGUUGUGUCCCUUAGAAAUAUAAACAUCUGAUAUGAGUUUAACAACUGACGAAACACAACUUUGGCUGUUAGAUUUUGAGGAUAUUUCUGUUGUAAGAGCUAGCUUAUUCCUUUACAAGUAAAAGAACAGGACGAGCUCCAGCUUGUUUUAGGCUAUCCAAAUCCAGAAAUCCAAACUGAACUUGAUCUGGUCUGGUCUGGUGUAUAAGCAUGUCACUAAUGUGAUUUCAUCUUAAAGACUCAUAAGUGGUCUUUAAAAAUCCCGCACUAGUCCCUAAAACGCUUGGUUGUUUCUUCAUCUAUGCCUUUAUUUCACCACAGCUGCAGUCUUUAAGUUGUCUUUGGCCUUACAAGUGAUGUUGUGUGACACCACAAGGCCAUUUGUAGAAUUAUCAGCAGGGGAGACUCCAGUACCUAAUUUUCACCAGUAUGGUGCCACUGCCAAUGGUGAGCCAGUUUUUGUCCUUUUAGAACACCGCAGCAUUUCAGGAAUGUGUAGAGCUGAGCAUUAUGUAGCAGAGACUGGGCUUAACGCCGCUCACAGUUGUCAAAAUAACAGCAAAGCUCUUGCUUUAGUCGUAACAUCUUGUGCCAGUCUUCUCAGCAACACAACACCAGCACUAGAUCCAGUUUUGGUGCUUUUUGAGAACCAGCCCAAGAUGGCAUUAGAUGAUUAGAUUAGAUGGUACUCUGCAAACAUGCAAAGCUAUAGACGACUACAGCUGUCAAAAUCUGUCAAAAUACAAUCCAGAGUGAACUCUGACACUAACAUGUCACAAGUGUGCCACAACAAUGCAGAGUUAUUAUUUAUUUAUUUAUUUUUAGAGGAUAUGACUGUGGAAAGAUCUUUGAACCAAACAUUUCAAACUCUAUAGAAGUCAUAGCAGUUUUCAUGGGUGGAUAACCAAAAUAGACAAAAUAUACUUACUCAUUAGUUUCAUGGUACCAAUUUUAGGACUAGCCUUUUGUUUUGUUUCAGAACGGGUUUUAGAUUUAGAAGCAACAACACCAGACUGGUUAAAAAUAUGACCAGAACUAGUCUUUUUUUCUGUGUAAUGGAUGGAUGCAUGGAGUUCAUGAAUGGGCAACAACUCUGCAAGUCCAAACUGCAGUGUGUUGGGUUUAGGCAACAACAAGGGCAGUGACCAGCAACAAUCAGUAAACCCUCUGUCUGAUGGUCAGUUUUUCACAGUGCCACCCUCCACACCCACUGAUAGAAUUUCACAACCAUCCGUGACUGGCCUCAGGUUGUUUCUCUCAGCUGGUCCAGGCUCGGGUUGUUGUUACUGCUUUUCUUGGGUUGACAGCAUUGGACAAUUUACACAUUUGUGUUGUCUCAUAAAUUUCUUCAAAGUAUUUUCGUGGUUGGUGUUAAAGAGCUGUUUUACUAUGUGUUUGAACAUGGGCAGCGCCCCAUUAACCUGUUGCAGCUCUUCUCUGUUUAAUAAACUGAAUACUUUUGGUUUUUUGGCUGCCUGAAAGACACGAUAAGGUUGACAGUUUUUCAGAUUUCAUGACAUUUUAUGAAGUUUAUUUCGUGUUUUUUUUAUUUAAAGUUAAUGACAUUUAUUUUAUUUCACUUUCUUUAUAAACUAACAAAAACAUAGGCUGUGCGCUACACAAAAGCCUGAGAAAGACUUGAGUCUUUAAGGCCUUGUCGCAUUAAUAUUUUGGGGUUUUUUUUGUAGUAUUAGACUGCAAAGGUUUGAGCUAAGUGUAUUUUAUACAGUUAAGUUACAACUACACAAACAUGGAAAACACUGAAUUAGUUUUUUUUUUUCUGAACAGAUUUUUUCUUUGGUUGGCCGCCCGAUGAAUGUUGCCAUGAAAUGUCUCUGUAGACACAGUCCUUGCAGCAAUUAUGGUAAUUCACUAAUAUGCCCUGAAUUAUCCCAGAAGCUGUGAAUAUUUCAGCCUACAAUUCAAUUUCCCCUAAUAAUGAAAAAAAAAAAAAAAACCAAAGCCAAAUCCACAACUCAGUACUUUUUAAAGUUUUUACUACUCCUGUGUCAAACUUUUAUAUCCAUAUAAAAAGUUGUACCUAUUAUGGUCUUCCUUAUUUUCUCUCAAAUAUUUGAUUGUAAUGCUGCACGCUCAUAUUGAAGAUAACCAAAAUUUCAAAUGCUGAGUUAGGUGUAUGUGCAAAUAAUCCCUGUGAGACAGUAAACACUCAUUUUGAGGAGGCCGUUUGUUAUACUCUUGGCUCUGCAUGAAGACAAUAAAGGCAGAUAUUCUCUGUGGUCGAGUCAGUCACACAGCUCUGGGCGUGACCUUAGAAACCCCACCCACCUACCGUUAAGACGUUUUGUUUGCAAGUGGGAGACAGUCAAACAAAAGUUUGAUAAAAGGGAGAGGAACUAAAACAGCUUGCACUGAGGUUCACAGUAAGUAUUUAUAACUGUAACUAUAAAUCAUGUAAAGCUACUUGAACUGAGUUCAAUAAAAACAUUUAGCUAGAAAUUUGCAUAUCAGAUCCCUUUUAAGUCCAAUGUGAAGAAAAUGAUGAUUUUUAACAUCAAAGAAAGUCAAAGGAAAUGAUAAACAAACAGUUUUCAUAGCUCAAGACGCAAAAAAGUGAUAGAAAGAUGAAGUUGAUUUUAUUUCAGCUUUAUUUGAUAGACACAGUUUAGAAAGGAUAGAAAGGUGAGGGCAGAGAUGCGGUAAAGGGCCGUAGGUCUGAUUCGAACCUGGGCUGGCCACUCUCAGUCGUAUGGCAUGUGGUUGCCUGCUCCACGCAAUGAGCUAAACCAGCACCAAGACAAUUAAUUAAUUAAUUAAUUUUUGGACCAUCCAUGUAGAAAUUGUUUGCAAAAAACAAACUAACAUCCAAAACAAAAAGAAAACAAAAAAAAGCAAAGCAAGUGCUGAUCAAAAUGAACAGGAUGGGAAAGAAAGCAUGUAAAAGGACACUGUUGUAAUUAUUAAGAUGUAUGAAAGUUGCCAUGUAUACUUAAUAAUAUCCUUAAACAUGACAUCCUAUUUUUACACUCACAUUCACCAAUUUCAACUCAACUGCUAAACUCUGCAAAAGUUGAAAAAAUAAAGUAACUUCCUGAGGCUGGAAAAGAGAAUCUGUUACCAUAACUGCACAAAAACACACAAAGAGAACAAUUAUGUAGUUAUUUAGACAGCUAAAAUGGAUUAUUUCAGUGGAGGAAUGCAGGGGCUGCACCAAAGCCUAGUAAAGGAGAGAUAAGAAUUAUUCUUUUAACUGUGAAUCAUGCACGGCUGUAACACAUGACCCCUUUAGGUCCAGUUUGUGGCAAAUCAUCACCUUCUGUGUGUGGUAACAUUAAAAGACAUCAGGAGAAAUGAGACGGACAGCCAGCGUCAAGCCUCAAAUCAGCACUAGUUGCUGUUCCUCUUGAUCACGGACACACACAAACCAUGAAAUCACACUGAGAACACCCGUUUCCAGUGGAUGGCAUUGUUGUGGUCAGGUAUAUUGCCGGGGUAACGGCAUAAUAUUUCUGUGUGGCGUGUCUGGUGCUUUCUGUUUGCUUGGCACCAAGCGUAAUUCCCAGUCAACACAAAUUCAUUUUUCUUAUCAUGUGUUUUAGAUUUACAGGAAUUCAGAUACAUAUGAUGUGGUUUGAAACCCUAUAACAUCCUUAAAUGCAUUAAUAGAGGUAAGAAGUCUUGUUUGCCUUGAGACACAAGCGGUACCUCAUGACUUACCCCCCAUGUGUGUAACACACUGUAUGCAUCUUGCACAUAACCAUUCUUGUAAGACUUAAUCCUUGUUUUGGCUUCCUCAAGUCAAGUGUCUCAGCUGCCUGUGUUUGGCGACUUCUAUUUCUGCCGUCUUUUCCAUACAGCAUACCACAUGCUAUAUCGAGCCGAGUGAAUGUGGUAACAAGAUGCUCAUAACCAAACGCGGAGAAGGAACAUUCCACGACUGGGUUCCUGAUGUUGUUUUCAUGGUCGCUGCUGUCUCGGAUGGCAAAUAUUCCUCAGAAUCAAAAUAGGCCUGUAUUUACAUUUUCUCUCUCAUUCUAAACGACUUUACACACCACGCUGGCUGUUCACUGAUAUGCAUUAGCUGUUGCUAGAAGUGAACUGCUAAUUUGUCCAGUCACAAUGCCUCACUCCGGAGACACGCCGGGCUAUUAAAGAUGGCACCACUUUGUGUAAAGCGCACUCAUUGAACAUCGGAAUCCUGAAGUUGCUGUUAAAGCGGCACAAAUGCUCCAGAGAGUGCUUGGAUGAAAAAUGUGAUUAAAUAUUAAGUUGAUGUUUGGGCCGUGCUCUCUUCCGGAGAGAUUUACUAAAAGGUAUGAGAGCUGAGGUCAUCCCAGACAUCUCACUGCUCCUAAAAUAAAAGGCAGUUGCUGAGCCUCUGUGGAGCUUGAGAGGUGGAAGGAUUUGAGAGGUGUUCCCUUGGGGAUGUAUGAAGGCGUUGGCUGUAGGGUUGCAGAGUUUGGAGUUGAGGGUCUAAUUGAGAACAAAUUGUUCUGGGCAAAGAGGCGGGGUAUCGCUGUCAUGCUCAAGGUUAUUUGGGGGUUUUAUGGAACGCAACUAAUGUUGAAAAGCUCAAAUGCAGUUAGUGGUUCUUGUACCAGUUGUGUCCCCUCGUGUCUGCAGACAGAGUUUAAAAUACCAGAGUGUGCAUGCAGAAGACGUCACAGGUGAAGGUAGAUAACCUUCUGUGACAUGUAAGACCUCAAAUUGUGUUUUUGUGGGAUUUGUUUUGUCUGCACGCCUUUAUUUAUUGUGCUAAAGGUGCCUCACAGAUGUUCUCAAUGACUUGCUACUUCCAAGACGUCACGUGAAGUAAUAAUGGAUUACGAGACUACCCGACAGUCCCUGGUUGAAUUCCAGUCUAAUCUGAGUGCAUCUAAUUCCCCUGCUGUCUUUCCCCACACUUUUCAGGAGGAAGCAGCUACAAUGCUAACGCUGUAAAGUGAUCUAAGAAUCCCACAAACCUCUUGCUGCCCAUUUCCUGGAACGAGUUGAAAGCUAUAUAAUAACAGAUGGGAAAGAGAUCCAUGCUUUUUGUUCAGUAUAUAAAUUAAUUCUAAAGUUCAUCUGAUUAUUUCAGCAGUCGGAGAAGUCAGAUAAAAGGGAAUUUUAGAAAUGACACUUGCUCGCUCUGUUUCCUCAGGUUCUGUUUCUUUAUUCAUGGAAUAGUAGCAACAGAAACACCACAUUAAAAAGGUUUUCUAAAGACACCUGUUAUACUUUCACACAUCACCUCCUAUUAUUUCCUGUUGUAACAGUGGAUGCUCUUAUUAAAGAUGGUCAGCACUUGUACUAGUAAACACUGAGCCUAAGGCUUAGGCUUAAGACUGCAGUAAACACUGUGGUUCAGACAGGUUUUUUUCUUAGUCUUGGCUGUGUAUGAACAAUCCCUGAAAAUCUUAAACUCUAUUAACUUUAUUCCGGCAUCUGUCUUUUGGCUUUGGACAACAGCUGCUAACUCAGCCAGAUUGUAGGCAAAAUGUAGCCAGAAGCCUAACAGGGACAUGCUGCAGAUUAACGUUCGCUUUGUAGCUCUGCUUAACUGUAUGGUUUCUGUUAAAUAAGCAAAUAAAUAAAGGGGAAAUAUGCAGCAGUCACCGUGUGUUUGUGCAACUUCUGGUAUUCUCUCCGACCACCGUGUGUGCCACCCAGGCAUCAGCUCUUUGUAGUUGCCAGAUGAGCUGCAGGCAUGUAAAGGUGGGUGGAUUAUUAUUAGUACAUUUUUGUGGGUUAUAGAUUUCUCUGGACUAUAUAUAUUUCCUUAUCUGCCUUAGGCCCACUUGCCUCCUUCCAAAGAUGAAGUUGUUCAUUUUUCCUGUCAGAUAACUUGAAAAACUUUCAGAAACUUUAAAUUUGAGAACAUUUUUUCUUUCCUUUGACUUGUGUGCGCCUUUUGUUUUCUCCUUUUAUUUGUUCUUAUGAUUUAUUGAUUGCCCUCGGCACGUGUUGGUGCAUGCGCGAGUUGGCAAGCGCACAACUAAAAGUUUUAAGGGGGUUUGCUGUGGGAGAGAAGAGUGAGAGAGAGAGAGAUGAAGGAGACUGGAAAGGAGGAGAAUUCACUUCAGGCUGCCUGAAAGUGUGUGUGUGUCUGUGUGUGUGUGUGCAUACUUCAAGGAGAGUUUUGUGUGGUAAGUGGGUGGGUGCGUCAGUUAGUCGGCCUGGGCUCUCUGCAGUGCGCUCAGCCGCUGUGCUCUCCUCUCGGCUGACUGGAAACAUCAUGUAUCUCUUGGACGCUUAUAGGAACAGCCUUGUUUCCCCAGACUGAGACCAGAACAGACCGAGGAAGAGAGACGCAGCAAAAUGAGCUUUGCCAGAAACUUGAAGUAGAAUAUCCAGAAGACAAGAAGAGGUAACAGACACACAAACAGGGGCAUUUUUUGAAGGCAGUUUUCAUCUAUUCGGUCUUGGCUAUGCCAUGCUGGCCCAGAGGAACGGGCUCCCUCCAGGCUGUAAGCCAGCUCACCUGAAGGAUCACCCUGAUCUACGGGAUGUAGAUGUGAAAUCCCAGGGUUGUUGUUCUCUCUCUCCUUCCCCAUCUUCCGGAGGAUGCCCUUGGGCUCGACUAGCGGGUGUGGAUGGCUGCUUGUCAGAGCCAUACUGUCUUUGGUUCCAGCUUUUGGCCAGAGCCUACUGGGGCGAAGUGGAACUGGGGCUCACCAGUCCCAACCGCAACGUGUCCUGGGCUCGGCUUCGAGAAGCCUCCAGGAAGAACUGCGUCCGAUCUCGGGCCAAGCAGAAGGAUGGGCGGGAUCAGAGCGAGGCGUCAGCCGCCGCUUCUCCCGGAGUGGACGACGAGCCUUUUUCCUGGCCGGGGCCCAAGACGCUUCGCCUGCGCCGGACAUCCCAGGGCUUCGGCUUCACACUGCGACACUUUAUCGUCUACCCGCCUGAGUCUGCCGUCCACAACUCACUAAAGGAUGAAGAAAAUGGCAGCAGAGGGAGACAGAGGAAUCGUCUGGAGCCAAUGGACACGAUUUUCGUCAAGCAAGUGAAGGAGGGAGGUCCCGCCCACGGAGCUGGACUCUGUACAGGGGAUCGGAUAGUGAAGGUGAAUGGAGAGAGCAUCAUUGGGAAGACAUACUCUCAAGUCAUAGCCUUGAUCCAGAACAGUGAUGCCUUGCUGGAACUCUGUGUGAUGCCAAAGGAUGAGGACAUUUUGCAGCUGUUUUCCAGGGAUAUCACUGCUCUGGCGUAUUCCCAGGAUGCAUACCUCAAAGGAAAUGAGGCAUACAGCGGAAAUGCCCAGAAUAUCCCUGAGCCCCCUCCCAUAUGUUACCCACGGAUAGAAGUCAAGGCUGCAGGCAUGGCUCAGUCAUCAGAGCCUGUCACUGUCACUGAGACUCCCAGAGGGCCAGUUCAAGGACCAGGGAGGCGAGGGGGCGCCACAGAGAAGAGCUAUCGGGUGGAAAUCCCUGUUCCUCCUUCUCCUCCCCAGCAGACGUCAAAGUCUCAGACAGUGGUGUGUGUCUGUAAUGACAAUGUGAGGACAGUGCCCCCUGAUCAGAUCGAGAGGGGGUCUCGGGUGGCUCGGGCUGGACCCAGCCACAGGACUGAGGAAAACCGGUAUGGUCCUACAACAGAUUCUGGCUCGACCCGACCAAGACCCCUUAUUCCCUCAGUCCCUGGGAGCGCUCAGUUACAGUACCCCUCCUCACGUACCACAGAAAUGCCAGUCUACCCCCCUUCCUCAACUUCUAGACCUGGAAUCUAUUCUGACACCUUAUCUCCACCUGGACGGGCCUCGCAGGACACGUUCUCCACUGCCAUCUCACCCAGCGCCAACCACUACUCACCCUCUCCCACAGCUCCCUCCACCUCCCCUCACCAGAACAUUGACUGGAAAAACUACACCACCUAUAAGGACUAUAUUGAUGCCAAAAGACUGCACAGUUAUGGCUGCCGCACCAUCCAGGAACGCUUGGACACCUUGCGUGCAGCUUCCAGUUCUAGUUCUGUCUACACCCAGCAACGAACAACAUCUCCUCCCGUUGCCAGUCAGAGAGGGGCACUGGAAUCCCAGGUUAGACGCAGGAGUGCAUCCAGUGACCGUGGGGUGGAUACAGGUAGUCAAGGUGCUGCAGUGACAGCUCCUUUACGCAGCGCCUCCCAGGAGAGGCUAGGAGGCGGGGCAGAGAGGACGAUAACAACUAGGAACUGGCCUCGUAGCGCUUCACAGGAUGCUCUGCCUUUCUCAACCCCAACAGGAGUCACCAAACCUCGUGCUCGGUCUUGUGAUUACCUGGGUCAGCAUCCCGGAGAGCUAGGUGGGCGUCUCUCUGGAGUCAGGUUGGGAGUGGAGGACAGGCUUCAGCUGGGUCAGGGAGAGGAAGCCAGGGCUAGCAGGCAGGGAUCUGAGUUGAGGGCUUUACCUCAUCUAAACAGGAGUCUCACUGGACAAGAGGAAGAAGGACAGGGAUUUUCCAACUCGCCUCUAGCAGCUCCUGUGUUUACUAAAGGUACAACAGAUUCUGCACUACCAUCGAGGACAGAUGGCAUCAUAAUGAGGCCGUCACGUCUGCCUGUCAAAAAUGCCAUUUCAGACGCCUCACCUGCCUUACCUUCCACUAAACCCAUGGACCCUCUAAAAGACCAAAGAGCUAACAUCAUGGGCAACCAUAUGGGCUACUCCUCCCCUCUGCACCUGCAGCUCAGGUCCAGGGCUGACAGUCUGAAAAUAGAGAGCAGGUCAGAGGCGGGGCUAGCAGCCAGAUCCUCCUCUUGCUCUGGUCCUUCGUCUAAACUGCCCACGCAGAGACAACUACAAAGUGCUGGCAGUGCUUCUACCAGUAAUGGAGCUGUCACCCAAAAGCCAAAGGUCAAAGAAACCUCUAGUUCCACUAAUUCUCUUGUAUGGACUAACGGCAGUCUUGCAGAGGGUGUUGAAGGACCUGAUGCUACCGUUGUGGUCCUCAGAAGGGACAAAAACUCUGGAACUGCUCAUGUUCGCCCUCCGUCCUAUGUAAUAGCUGUUAACGACAACCAGAGAGGAGUGACUCAUAAGUCACCACACUUAGUGAAGGCAGGCUCUGCAGAUGCAGCGAUGUGCUGGACGUCUAGUGACAGCUACAGGGAGAUGCAUCUGAGAAGGCUGGGAGACACACGGCAAAAGUCUGGAUCCAACAACUUGGAUGACUCUCUGGAUUCAAUCCCCUUCAUAGAUGAACCGUCCAGUCCGAGCAUCGACCUGGAGAGUGCGCACAUCCCCGCCUCAGCCGUGAUAUCUGGAACGCCCAUCAUCACCACCAUCCCAGCCAGCCCCCCUUCUCCGUCCCCUCUCAUUCGCCGCCAGCUGUCACAUGACCAAGAUUCUCUCCGUCUCACAAUUAUUGAGUCAGAUUCUGGUUCUAAAACUGAGCGCUCCAAGUCGUACGAUGAAGGCCUCGAUAACUACCGGGAAGAAGGCAAAGGGCGGUCCUUGAUACCUGGUCUGAAAAGUCUUAUGAAGGCUGUGGACAGGUCAUCGGAUGAUUCAGGGUCAAGGAGAGAUUCCUCAUCAGACGUCUUCUGUGACGCCACCAAGGAGGGAUUGCUGCAUUUUAAGCAGCUUCAUACAGAAAAGGCCAAGCGUGUCGGAGGCGGCAUGCGGCCGUGGAAACAGAUGUACGCCGUGUUGAGAGGAAACUACCUCUGCCUAUACAAAGACAAAAAGGAGGGCCAAGCACACGCCAACUGCCAAGCAGUGGAUGAGCCGCUGCCGAUCAGCAUCAAGUCCUGCCUGAUUGACAUCUCCUACAGCGACACGAAGCGGAAGAACGUCCUGAGGCUGACCACGUCGGACUGCGAGUACCUGUUCCAGGCUGAGGACCGGGAAGACAUGCUGGCCUGGAUCAGAGUCAUACAGGAGAACAGCAACCUGGAUGACGAGAAUGCCGACUUUACUAGCCACGACCUCAUCAGCAGGAAGAUCAAAGAGUACAACACCUUGAUGAGCCCGACUGGCAGCAAGACGGAGCCGUCUCCCAGAACUUCACGCCAGUCGCUAAGGCAGACGCUGCUGGGAGGGAAAGGAGAGACCAAAGCAACAAGCCCACACUCACCCAAAGCUGAGCAGGAGAGGAAGAACAUGCACAAAGAUGACACCAGCCCUCCCAAGGAUAAAGGGACAUGGCGAAAGGGCAUCCCAGGACUGAUGAGGAAACCUUUCGAGAAGAAGCCAUCUCCUGGAGUCACGUUUGGAGUGAGACUGGACGACUGUCCUCCUGCACAGAUCAACAAGUUUGUGCCUCUGAUUGUGGAGGUUUGCUGUAAGCUGGUGGAAGAGAGGGGGCUGGAGUACACGGGCAUUUACAGAGUUCCUGGAAACAAUGCUGCGAUCUCCAACAUGCAGGAGGAGCUCAAUAACAAGGGCAUGAAUGAUAUCGACAUCCAAGACGAUAAAUGGAGGGACCUCAAUGUGAUCAGUAGUUUACUCAAGUCCUUCUUUCGGAAACUCCCCGAGCCCCUGUUCACCAAUGAGAGGUACACAGAUUUUAUAGAGGCCAACAGGAUAGAGGACCCAGUGGAGAGACUCAAAGUGCUGAAGAGACUGCUUCACGAGUUACCGGCUCAUCAUUACGAGACCCUCAAGUUCCUCUCAGCUCACCUGAAAACUGUGGCUGACAACUCUGAGAAAAAUAAGAUGGAACCGAGGAACCUGGCCAUCGUGUUCGGCCCAACUCUGGUGCGCACCACCGAGGACAACAUGACCCAUAUGGUGACGCACAUGCCCGACCAGUACAAGAUAGUGGAGACCCUCAUUCAAAAUUACGAUUGGUUCUUCACUGAAGAUGGAAAUGGAGAGCCAGUGACUGUGUCCCAGGAGGAGAGUGCAGUGGAGUCUCAGCCCCUCCCCAACAUCGAUCACCUGCUCACCAACAUCGGCCGUACGGGCACAUCGCAGGGUGAAGUAUCAGAUUCCCCAACUAGUGACUCUGCUAAAUCAAAGGGUUCCUCAGGGAAGGAUCAGUGCAGCAGAGACCUCCUGGUCUCCUCCAUCUUUGCUGUAGCCAGCCGCAAAAGAAAGAAGUCAAGGGAGAAGCCGCAGCCUAGCAGCUCAGACGAUGAUCUGGAUUCUGUAUUCCUCAAGAAGGAAAUCCUUGGCCAGAAGCCAAACCAGCAGACCGAGGCACAGGGCGAGACUCGUCCCAGCCCUAACACCAAACCCAGCACGAAGCAGCAAGCACGGACAGAAGAGAGGAAGGAGAACGGGAGGACAGUGGAGCUCACACCUAAAGCUAAGAGAGAGCACCGAAACUCUUUAUUCCUGAGGGAGAAGAUUACCCCCAGACGCUCCUCGCCUUCACCUUUACCUUCCCCAAAGAUUUCCAACUCUCCCAACAUCAGCUACCAAACAGCUCCUCAGGGAAAAUCCUCAUUGUCAGACCCUCCGUCCCAGCUUGAUGAAAACACCUCAGACCUUGGGACCAUGAGCUCUGGAGCAUCAGUGCCACGAUCCAGACCGAAAAAGUGGAUUGCGGGAGUGUCCCCUGACCUGCCAGCAGGAGCCGCUCUGGGAGCAGGUGCGGGGGCGUCCGCUGGCGCAGAGGUGAGCUCUAUCACCUCUGACUACUCCACCACCUCCUCUAUCACAUUCCUGACUGGAGCGGAAUCAAACGCGCUGAGUCCAGAGCUGCAGGGUGGCGAGGAGGCAGAUGAUGAGCGCAGUGAGCUCAUCAGCGAGGGACGACCGAUGGAGACAGACAGCGAGAGCGACUUUCCAGUUUUUGCUCCAGGCGGUGGCAGCAGCCAGUCCACACCCUGCCCAGUGCAAAGUCAAGAAAAGGCAGAGGCCAAAGGGGGCAGUGCUAUCGAAGGGGGCACCUCACCAAAACUGGAAGCACGGCGGCUCUUCCCAACAUACCGCAUGAUCGAGUGCGAUACCCUCUCAAGAAGGUGGUCCCUGAAACAGAAAACAGACAGUGAAUCAUCAGUCGAAGGGGCUGCUGGCAGCGGGGAGCGAAGCGAGGGCAGGGCGGAGUCUUCCAGCCGGUUGUCUCGAGUCCUAGAGGUGAUGAAAAAGGGCCGAUCCACGAGCAGCCUCAGCUCUUCUUCGCGCAGUGAGUCGGAGCGAUCCGAACCAGCCUGGCACCUUAAGAUCACAGAGAGGCUCAAGUUUAGGCUACGAACGUCCGCUGAUGACAUGUUUACUCAGAAGAACCGAUCUCCCGACGGUCGCAGUAAGAAAAAGAACAUCCGACGGAGGCACACCAUGGGCGGGCAGAGAGACUUCGCAGAGCUGGCAAUCAUCAACGACUGGCGGGAGCAGGGUGGGGUGGACCAGGCGGCUGAACUCUCAGCUCUAGACCCCCUGAGGCCUAGAUGCUCCUCUCAGGACUUAUCCAUUCGAGACUGGAUUGCGAGGGAGCAAAGCAGAGGCUCCGAGCCAAGCGUCGAGGUUGCGCCCAAAGCGGUGCCUGAGGAUGAUCACGCAGAAGUGCAUGAAGAAAGACCUCCCGAAAGACCUCCACCUCCACCGCCUUCGGAUUCCCCUGGGGCUCAGCCUCCAGCCGGGGAGCACAUUAACGGCAGAGGGCUGCAAAGCAAAAACAAAGGCUCCUUAGGGGACGACGCUCACCCACACAAACUCUCUGGAGCGCAAGUUGUCCGCUCACGGUUCUACCAGUAUCUGUGAAACGGAAAACAAAAAACAAAACCGGGAUGAAUGUGUACGUGUAUGAAUGUGGGUAUUUUAGCUGAGGUUACUGCACAAUAUUUUUUCUACAAAGUAUACUUUAUGUAUCUACUGUACAUACUUAUUAUGAUUGUUACUGGAAUUCGACUGAAGAGAUGUCUAACACAGACUUUUCUCCUGUAAGAUCGAACCCAACGAGUGCAAGAAUCUGACUUUAAUAGGACACGAUGACAAAUAUAAGGGUCAACUCGAGUAUUACUGAGGAAAGCAGGUGCAAGAGUUUUUUUUAAUAAGGAAUCAUGACUCAGUUCUUCCUCUUUGGAGCGGUAUGAAGAAUGUAUUACACUUUUUGGACUAACAUGAGUUGCUUGUGACAAUAAUGUCUUUUUCAAAACGGCAUGUCUGUGUUUUUCUCGGCUGUACUUGAAGUACGUGGAAGUAACUGAGGGCUGCUUUCUGAGCUGAGUGCUGUGGGAAGUUUAUUUUUUUCUUUUUAUGUUUCUUGUCGUUUUAUUUUGUAUUUUCACAGCACACUCACAACAGCCAGAUAUUAGCUUGAGGAACUGGGGGAUUAUUAUAGUUUUAUGAAAUAAAAGACUGAGAAAACAGUAAUAAAAGCUGAUACUACAGUA